GCACCUUGAACUCGAACUUUUUCCAUCACUGAACUCGAAGAAAUGUCGAAACGAGGAGGAUCCCCCCCAGCAGAAGGAAUUCUUGUCAAGAGAGCCAAAGCGACCCCUCCACCUUCCAAUCAAAUUGCCAUAUCUUCAUCCAAUGACGAACGAUCGAAAAGCCUCAUUCGAACAGUAAAACGAACGAGUAGCUUGGAAGCGCCAAUUAUCAGCCUCGCGGGUGCUCAUUCCGCCGAGAUUCUAAGUUGUCGCUUCGACCCAACAGGUCAGAAUAUAGCUGCCUGCUCAGCCGACCGGAGUGUCUCUUUCUGGAGAACAUAUCCACCAAAUUCAAACUACGGUCUCCUCUCAAAUUUAUCCAAGGCGCCCAUAUUAGAUCUCCAAUGGUCACUUUGCUCGCCAACGCUAUACACCGUUGCCGCAGACCACACGCUUUGCCUCACGGACGUGACCAUUGGUCAUCGGAUACGCAAAAUUCGCGCUCAUCGCGAGAUAAUAAACACUGUUGACCGGACUAUGGCCGGGGGAGCUGGUACCGAGCUUGUCGCCACGGGUUCCGACGACGGUACUGUGAAAAUAUGGGAAGGAGGCGAGGAAGGAGGGAAACAAGCCGUGGCAACGUUUGAUGUAGGAUGCCCUGUCACAUCGGUAUGCUGGGGAGCCGACGGUGCAAAUGUGUAUAUUGGCGCACUGGACAACGAAAUCCACGUAUACGAUCUCAGAAAAGGCCAGCAAGUGUACACGCUUACGGGGCAUAGCGACACGCCGACGUCCUUGGCGCUUUCUCCAAACGGAAACUACCUCCUCUCACCUUCUUUCUCGUCGCAUACUAUCAUUCAUGAUAUCCGACCCUUCUCUUCAUCUCCGACGCGGAUACAUCGUGUCUUGCAGGGUGCACCGGCUGGAUUCGAGAACACCCUACUACGGGGCGCGUGGAGCAAGGACGACGGAGGACGACGAGUGGCGGUUGGUGGUGCAGACCGGGCGGUGUGUAUAUGGGACGUUGAUAGUGGCAAGAUACUGUACAAGCUUCCUGGCCACAAGGGAACAGUCACCUCUGUAGAUUUCCACCCCAAGGAACCCAUCAUCCUUACCGGCAGUAAAGACGGUACGAUGAUUUUGGGAGAAAUCGAGUCUGGAGUGAAGAUGUAGCAGGCCAGUGUAUUACGGCGAGUAAUGUACAUGGCAGGGACUCAGCCGACUUUCUAAUGUAUUGCAUUAUGGUACAAGGAAUGAGUGAUGAUGCGACGAUACAUGUGAGGAAGGGAGCGGAGGAAUUAUGCAACAUAGGCAAAUGUGUCUUUCUGUCCGUCAACUCGUUCCAUGUACUCCUUCUCCAAAAGGGUCUCCACCGCCUGG